AUGUCGAAGGUCGCGUUAGUGACUGGCGGUAGCUCAGGCAUCGGCUAUGCACUAGUUGAGCAUCUGUUGGCGAAGAGCUGGAAUGUGGUAAUCGCGGACAUCACGCCUCUUGGAGCGAACGUGAAGUUCCCUGCAGAUCGAACACUCUUUGUCAAGACAAAUGUGAGCAGUUUCGACGAACAAGCAGAGCUCUUCUCCAAAGCCUUCAAAUGGCAUCAAAGGUUGGAUUUCGCGGCGCUGAAUGCUGGCAUCGACGACAGGGACGACAUCUUCAGUUCUAUCGAUACAUCGAAGCCGCCAACCAAGCCUGACACGUCAGUCAUUGACAUCGAUCUCACGGCGGUGUACUAUGGCAUCAAGCUCUUUGCACACUACGCUGCCCAGAAUCCUGUUCCUGGAGGCAAGAUUGUUGCUACGGCAAGCGUGCAGGUCAUUAUCCUAGUCCGGCGAUACCUAUCCCCUAGAGCGGCUGCUCAUAACAUUACCAUCAACGCUAUUUGUCCUGCCCUGGUCGUUACCGGCCUUGAACCAACCUUUCGGGAGCGUUUCCCGGAAAGGCUGCUGACAGAUAUGUCGAUUGUGAUGAGAGCGUUCGAUGAGCUGAUCGAUGAGACUCUGGGCCACAAUGGACAGAUUGUUGAAACCUGUGCCGAGGGGCUCUACUACCGCAAAGGCAUCGAGGCUGAAGCGCCCAGCAUGAAGGAGAUAGUGCGGCUUCCAGCUAUGGCAGAAUGGCAGGCAUCUCUCAUACAGCGUAAUAUUCAACGGGCUGCGAAGAUACAAGGCAGGCUUUGA